GUGCUGUGGAUACAAAUCCUUUAUCUGUGUAUAUUAUGCAGCCCAUCUGGAACGAAAUUAUUAAGAUAGUGCCUUUGUGGAUUGCUCCCAACCUGUUAACAUUCUCUGGAUUUGUCAUGAUUUUAGUUAAUUAUUUUCUAAUAUCUUUUUAUGACUGGGACUACACUGCCUCAGGUACCAGUCCUGGACUUGUUCCCACCUGGGUGUGGCUAUUCAGUGCUUUUACCACCUUCUGUGCUUACGCUUUAGACUCCAUAGAUGGGAAACACGCUCGAAGGACUCAGUCCAGUACUCCUCUGGGAGAAUUAUUUGACCACGGGCUGGAUAGCUGGGCUACCUCCAUUUUUGUGCUUUCUUUUUUUUCUGUCUGUUCCCGUGACAAUGGGAAGACUGGAGUUUCUGUAUAUACAAUGUAUAUAUAUUUAAGCAUUGUCUUGUUUAACUUUAUGUGUUCACACUGGGAGAAAUAUAACACAGGAGUUCUUUUUCUUCCUUGGGGAUACGAUAUAAGCCAAGUGGUAUUAAUAGCAGCAUAUCUGCUCACCGGUGCUGUUGGGGUGGAAGUCUGGCAGAAGCCUUUCCUGUUUGGUUAUUACAUUACAGACGCAUUAGUAAUCUUGCUUAUAGGCUUCAGUUUAUUUCUUUCAUUUCCACAAACACUAUACAACAUUCACAGAGCACAUUUAAAGAAAACACUGAAGAAUGAUUCUUUGUAUGAAGGACUCCUACCUCUUGUGUCACCUCUGUUGCUGUUCAUUCUUCUUACAGUAUGGGUGGUUUUGUCUCCAGGCAACAUAUUAGCUAAACAACCAAGAUUGUUUUUAUGGAUGGUUGGGGUUGCUUUCUCAAACGUUAUUUGCAAGGUGAUCAUCUGCCAGAUGAGCAGCACCCAGCCGGAGCUCUUCCACUGGUUCCUCUUCCCGCUGGCACUGGUGGUCUACGCAGCCAUCUCCGGGCUGCUGGGCUGGACGGAAGAAGUGGUGCUCGCCGUGUUCACCGCCCUGGUCACGGCCGCCCAUGUGCACUACGGGGUCUGCGUGGGAAGGCAGCUGAGUGAGCACUUGAACAUUUACAUCUUUUCCCUGAAGAAACGUGUCCAAGAGUGAACACCUGCACUAUGAUCAGACUGUAACACUUGAUGUGGAGAUUCGCAGCUCUUCUGAUGUGAUAAAUAGUUGGAAUUAAUCUAAAUAACCAAAGAAUAGAAUAGUCCAGAUAUCCGAACCACUGCGACAAUGAGCUAUGCAGCAAGAUGCUUCAUCUCAGAGGAAGAUUCCCGUCCAGCAGAGAAGUGUUUACCAAGUUGUUCUGCUGCUAAUAUUUAUUCUCUUCACUAAUGCUGUGUUACUACCCUCUCUGAAGCUUUUGUCUUCCUCCUCCUUGCCACUGUGUCCAAAGUCCUGGAUAAAUCCAUGCUGGGUUACAUGAGAUCCUUGGUGGUUUAUAACCAGCACUGGUUUUGCCCAGCCUAGUCACCAGUGGGACCCCGGCAAUGCAAACCCUCCCUGUAUGUCCUUCCCCCUCAGACAUCUGUGCCUGCUUCAUUUUCCGUAUUUAUUUUCUCACAACUCAUUUCUUCCAUACAACCUCCUGAAGGGCUUAUGUACGUUCAGUCUUUUCCUCACCUCAAAUGAAUGUUUGAAGAAAAGAGAACAAGCUCAGAAAGCUAUGGGUACAGUAAAGUGUUUUUGAAAUGUAUGAUUUUUUUUCCCCCAGCAUUAAGAUGAAUCUCAGCUGACCUGUAUCUGUCAGAAAUGCAGGCUCCGUACAGCAGCAGCUGGCCUUUAUACUUAUUUUCUAGGCAGUAACAGGCGCAUUGUUGAUAUUUUGGUAGCAACAAGCAAUAUACCCUACAAAGGUAACCAGCUGAGAAUAAAUUUGGCCAACAAACCUUUGAAGAUUCUCAUAUUUCACUGCAAAACCAGUUAGUCAAACCUCAUCUAUGAGUGCAAAAUGCUAAGCAAAUAAUUAUUUGCCUGUGCGCUUGAAACAAAUUCUUGUGGUUUUAGAUAAUGACAAAAAAAA